AUGUCAAAACGAUCAAUCAAAGAUUAUUUUUCAUCUAAUAAAAAAACCAAAAUUGUAGAUUCAACAGAUUCUAUUAACAUAAAUCAAGAUAUUGUAACUAACUCUUCAACUGAAGAUAACCUACCAGAGAACCCAGUUACAUUAACUAGUAGUUCAUCGAAACAAGGUAAAGUAAAUCGAUUGUAUAACACUAAAUGGGAAGCAGAUUAUCCUUGGCUUUAUUUUGAUAAUCAGAGAUUUGGUGCUUUUUGUAAAUUAUGUGAAAAACAUGUAAUCAACGAUUCAGCGUUAUUUGCUAGCUCAAGAGGAAUUUUUGUUAAAACACCAUUCCAAAACUAUAAAAAUGCUUUGGGAAAAGAUGGAAAAUUAAAUAAACAUACAUAUUCUGCGUCACAUAUUCGUAGUGUAGAACUAGAAAAACUUGCUUUGGUAGCUUUAAAAAACCCUGUAUAUAAUCAAAUUUUAAAUCAAAAUUCUGAAGAAUGUAAAAUAAACCGCAAACAUUUAUCAUACCUUUUCCGAUCUGUUUAUUUUUUAGUGAAAGAAGAAAUAGCUCAUACAACUAAAUAUGAGCCAUUAAUUAAGCAAUUAAUUGUGAAAACCAGCGAUUCACUUCAAAAUUGGAUUAAUGCAAAUAGUGACCGCUCAACAUACACGAGUAAAGCUACAGCUAGUGAGCUAUUAUGUUGUGCUUCAGAAAUAUUAGAUGCUAAGUUAGACAAAGAAAUAUACGGGAAAAAAUUUUCUUUAUUAGCCGAUGAAAGUACAAACAUAAAUAAUAAAUCUGAAUUAUCUAUAUGUGUUCGCUUCGUUAAAAAUAAUCAACCAGUUGAGAGAUUUCUUAAUAUUGUUGCUUUAUCUGAUACUAAAGCUCAAACAAUCAUAGAUGCAAUAAGCAAUGAGUUAACUAAGCAUAAUUUGUCCUAUGAUAAUAUUAUAGCUUGUGGUUUUGAUGGGGCAUCAAACAUGUCCGGAAAUAAAGGUGGAGUUCGUAGAUUUGUAUCCGAUAAAGCUGGAAGAGAAGUGCCAUAUAUUCACUGUCGAGCUCACGUAUUAUCACUUGCAUUAACUAGUAUGCGCAACAAAUUUCCUAAAAUUAAACGUGUGUUCCAUGUAUUGAAAGAUAUUUAUAAACUGUUUCAUCAAUCUCCUAAACGAGAAAAACUGCUUCAUAAAAUACAAGCGAUUUUAAAUGAUCCAAUAUUAAAAAUACCUGAGGCUAUUGAAAUUCGGUGGUUAAGUCAUUAUAAAAUAGUUCAUGCAAUUAAACAGUCAUAUAUUGCUAUAACUACUACUUGUGAACACAUUCAUCAAGAUGGCGCAGAUUUAGCAUCUUUGGCCGGUGGAAUUUUACUAAGUCUCCGCGAAGAAAAUUUUAUAGUACUUUUGUGUGGACUGGAUGAAAUAUUAGGCGCAAUCUCUAAUUUAAGUUUAACACUGCAAGGUCCUACAAUUUGUAUUUCAGCUUUGCCAACAUUAAUUAAAAGUACUACAUGUCACUUAAAUAAAAUUUUAGAAGGUUUAAAACAAGAUUCAGUGAAUAAAAAAACAAUAUCUUGCCUUUCACAGUUUUUGGAACAAACAAUCAAAGAAAUGAACCGUCGAUUUAAUGACACAGCUUUAACACUUAUCGAAGGGUGUGCAAUAUUCGAAGAUUACAAAUCAUUUUCAAAUUCAUCAGAAAAAAUUAUUGAACAGUUAUGUGAUUGUUUUUCUUUAAAUGAAAAUGAAAAAGAUGGAGUAUUAUCAGAUUAUAAGUCUUUUAUGUUUGUUGCUUCACAGAAAGUUAAAACAAACGGAUAUCCAAUAACUGACCUUCUUGAAGCAAAUAUUGGUUAUGAACAUCUGAAAAAAUUAUCAGAAUCCAUUUUAUGUAUUCCAAUAGGAACGCCUACCGUAGAAAGAUCAUUCAGUGCGAUGAAUAGAAUUAUGACAAAUCUUCGCAACCGAAUGGGACAAGAUACUCUUCAAUACUGUAUGAAAAUAAGUAUAGAAGGUGAUGAAGAUCCGUCAAUUGAAUAUGUCGACGAGGUUAAGACUAAUACUGUUAAAGAAUAUCUGAAACACAAGCGGCUGGUGAAACAGGACAUGGACACGAGUUGUAUGAUCCUGUGCACGGAUAAACUUCAAAAGUUCAUCAUCCGACGAAAAUUGCUAUUGUUGACAGUGUUGUCGAAUGAUUGGAAUGCUUAUUUCGAAAUUGGCAGAAGAUCCUCCAACCUAAGGUUAAAACCACAACUACUACAGAACAUCCUACUUGACACCUCAAAUCCAGAUUCUGAACCAGAACUAAAUCCAUAA